AUGCUUGACCUGUCAAUCUUCUCCCGCAAGACCAACACCGGUAUUAGAGAAGCUGCAUUGGAUUGGUAUCAAGCAACAACUCUAGCAGACCGCAAACGUCUGUUUGACCAGAAUGGGGUCCGCUACUCACCUUUACUGGAACUUCCUUACCUACUUCCAAUUAGCCAUGUGGUAGUUGAACCAAUGCACAACAUCUUUCUUGGAAUCUUGAGGUAUCACGGACAGGCCUUGAUGGGGCUGAAAAUUGACAAGAAAGCAAUGGCAAUUGAUUAUGAUAAUGAUUCAGAAUCUGAAGAUGAAGACAAAUUAGAUAUGAAUGAUAUACAAGAGGAGUUGGAUGCGGAACUGGAAGAGCUGAAGAUCAGACCUGACAUCGACUUGAAUCUUGAAGAUUACCACCACCAUUUGAAUCAUACUGCCUCAAAUGGUGGGACCCAGACCAAGAAAGGCUCUGACAACCACGAGCAUUAUGAUAGUGACAAAGAAGACGACUUGGACUACUGUGCAACAGGACUCCAGCAUGAAAAGGAUGGUUCAAGCAGCUUGUCCUCCAAACAAAUAGAAGAUUUGCCUCUUCUGUUCACUGAUAAACAUACGUUCAAUACCGAGGACAGUGGGCAAGCUUGUGGAGGAAAAUUGAAGGCUGAUGAGUGGGCUAAUUUGUUUACAGUCAUCUUGAUCCCAGUUCUGGAGAAAGUCUACACUGAAGCAACCAAUAACACUAAGACUUGUCUGCUUCACAACUUUUUCCAUCUUGUCAGUGCAGCCAAUUCGAUUUGUAGCCCUGUAACGAAUCAACAACAUGUGAACUCUUUGAAGAUGCAUAUUCAGUCAUACCGAGCAAAUCUGCACCAGCUUUUUCCUCAAAUGCAUUCAAGACCCAAUCAUCACAUGGCUUUGCACAUCCCAGAGGCAAUGGCGCGCUUUGGACCCGCUUCAGUGUGGACAAUGUGGGUACAUGAACGUACAAAUGGGGUCCUUUGCAUGAUACCCAACAAUCAUCAGAUUUGUAAGCACUUUCUCAAUGCAGAAACACAUUACACAGCUACUAAUUACAUUUUAUCUCAAAUGUAUUUUACAGGGGCUUUGGAUCUCACACUACUAAGACGCUUUGUGACUUCCGCUAAUCUGAAUAGUCAACUCCCCAAAUUUAGUGAAAAGCUUCCUGAACCUCUGAAAACUUCUAUCUUUGAUUUCUUGGGGCCUACAAAUGCUAAUGGCUCCCAUCAUGAUUAUUCCGAUAACCCUAAGUGGCCACCGGCUAGUCAGAAACUUGUACACUUAGGUCAGCGGGUUUGUGCAAAGCUUAUAUCAAGACUACAGAAGGUUGAAAAACUCUCAAUUCACAUUGGGAACUCUGGUGUGCAAGCCAACAAAGUUGUUAUACCACCUUUGGUGUUGCCAAUGAAUUCUUUCAAAUAUCAAGGAAGAGACUAUUCAGCAAUGGUACUACCAAGUAUUGUGUCUUACAAGCCAACAGUGCCUGUAGCAAAAUCCUAUGGCUCUAUCCGUCAGAUAUUCACCAUAGCAUACGGAGAACGCUCUUCUCGGGUACGAGAAACAUGGCUUGAAGUUCAACCGUUCAGAGAGCUGACAGAUUUGGAUAAACCUCCCAACCCCUACGCAGGAUGGCCAAAUGUCAAAACCAAAUUAGCAUAUAUGCACAAAGCUGGUGACACAGAUUGUGCUUCAAGGGAUUCUGCUAGCUGGCACAUCAUAAAAUGCUCCAAAAUAAUUAGUCACAGCUCUCUCUAUGUAGCACCUGGGGGGUCAUUCAGUAUACAACAGGCAACUGCCAUCCUCACCGAACUUGCGAAUCACACAAGGUACUCAUACCCAAAAAUUUGA